UUUCCCUACACCUUUGGGUCUAUUCUGUUGUAUAGUUCUUAGAUAUUGCUGUAUUUGUGUAGGUGGAAAAUGAAUGAUCACUGCGGCAACACUAGAAGAGAGACCAUUGCCAAAUCUUUCAGAUACUUCGUAUCAGGAAGGAAUAAACAAUAUAUGUCUAUGUAUUAAACCGAGCUCUAUGUAGCUCAUUUUCAUCUUCUGAUCAGAGCAUUGAGUUGUUUAGUACAUUGACUUAGAUAAGCAAUUGCCAUCCUCAAGACCCACUGCACACUCACUCCUGCCACAUAAACCAGCUCUUCCAUAAAGAUGACUCUGCAUGGCAGACCCUCAACUUUACCUAAAGUGCUGCCUCUGCUAGGUUAGAUUUCCUGCGGACACAGUAGUAGAGAAGGCAGCACAAAUACAUGGCAGCUCUUCAAACUGAUCAAUCAUACUAAUUAAUUUCAAGAGGCCACAGAUGGCAAACUCAUACUCCAAAAUUUUUCUCCCAGAGCUUUGUUUCUUGUUGCCCCUAAAAAACGAUGGAAAAUAAAAUCCUCUCCCUUUGGAUUCUUCUUCUUCUGCCCUUUCAGGUUUCCCAGCAUGAGAGAAAGAAAUCAGUUCCUCUGCAAAAGGAAGCCCUUUGCCCUGCCUAGCUUCUGAAGCCCAAUGCAAACAGCAUUUAUGUAUUUGCAUUUCUUCCCAUGUAUUAGUCUGCUUACAGUAUAACACAAAUGGAAAUAAGAAUGGGGUUGCUGUGACAGAAUUAGUGAUAAAGAUCAUAGGUUACCAAUGCCCUGGAACCAGAUGUGUUGGGCGUACACAAGACAAAGAGAAGACUGUUCCUCUCUCAGAAAGAGAACUUACUUAAAUGCUUUACAAAGUGAAAAAUACACACAGUUGCUAAGAUAAUGGUCCAUAUCAUUGCAGCAGCGCCAUGAUAAAUCUUUUGCCUUCAGCUCCCACUGGCUGAAACCCGAGAGCUAAAUCCCGCAUCCAAGACGGAGAUUUGCACUGACAGAAAGAAAGAUUAGCACGCUGAGAGGGCGAGGCCAGGCACUCAGGGUUCGCCCUCGCCCUUGCUAUCUCGCCAUCGACAUCCGGUGCCGCCGCUCACCCAGCUCCAGGGCGGCAGGGGCCGCUACGUCUCCCGCGCGGGCCCGGGCUUUGAGACGGCGAUAACGCGAGGAUCUCCGACAGCAGCAGGAGCACGCAGAUUGCCCAGCCUGCCAGCGCCUGGGCGUACGGCGCCAAGAUGGCGGCGGCACCGCAGGGGGCGCUCGCCUCGGCGGAUGGUACCAAGAUGGCGGUGUUGCCGGACGGGGAGCUCGCAGCCCUGCAGAGCCUGCUCAAGCAGGCGCCGUCGAGGGACGCCGUGCGGCAGCUGUGCCGGGAGUGCUUCUCUAGCCCAGCCACCGACCUCGGGCCGCUGGCGCAGCGCGCCUGCCCCAGCUUCGCCACCGGCCCCGAGCAAGCGGAGCAGAAGCUAUGUCUCCUGGCUGCUGAAGGCCUUUCCCAUGCUGAACAUACUGCCUUAAAGCCCAGCGGAGCCCCUUCUCUCCCUUCCCCACAGCUGGUGUCUGCUUUGCACAACCUCACCAGGCACGUCGUGUACUGUGGGUUGACCGAGGCAGAAGAUAUUCUCUCUCUGUUUCCAGAAAACUUCCACCAAAAUCUGAAAAACCUUCUGACUAAGAUAAUCUUGGAGAAUAUCUCUGCUUGGAGGAAUGAAGCAGAAGCAAGUCAGAUCUCCCUGCCCCGGCUGGUCGACAUGGACUGGAGGGUGGACAUCAAGACUUCUUCAGACAGCAUCAGCGGGAUGGCAGUCCCUACUUGCCUGCUUCAGUUAAAGAUUCAGGAAGAUGUUGCCUUAUGUGGAAAUAGUCCUGUUGUUUCUGCACUAACUUUGGAACUGAGCAAAGAAACCCUGGACACUAUGUUAGAAGGUCUAGGAAGGAUCCGAGACCAACUUUCUGCUGUUGCAAACAAAUGAAUGCUCAAGGGCAUGGAUCCUAGGUGUGAGGAAGGGAAGUAUUCUCUACCUUCAACUGUCAUAAGUUGCAGCCUAGUGUAACAUGUUUUCAGUUUUAAUAAAACAAAAUAAAAGAGAUUUCUUUAUUGAGUUAAUAAGAUGGCCUUUGAAAAGCUAACACUUUCUACAUUCUUUUGGUCUGAUGCCAAAAAGAGUUUUCCCAAUAUGUUGUUGAACAAAAGCUGGUCUUUGUUUCAGAAAAGGCUUUGAGGGCUCAGAGCUUAUCUUAAUCACAAGGGUCAUAACUGGAAAUAGUAAAUAGCUGCUGCCAAUGAAGCUAGUGCUAUUUCUGUGCCCUGAAAUUAGGAUCUAAAACGUCUAAGCUGGUUAAUGGACUGCCUUCCAGCAUUAGCAGACAAGGUGGGUGCUUCUGUCUGGAAUGUGCCUGUACUGAAGGGCAUGCUGGAUGUAGCACAGCCAUGCUUGAAAUUGUGAUUACAGGAUAAUGCUUUGAAAUAGGGUAGUUAUGCUACAACACAUUCCCUUCUUAUCAGCUUCAUAGCACCAUUUGCAAAAUGAGUAGCCUGAGCUUCUUUAGAUCUUUAGCAGCAAGUAAUUUCCUCAUUCUGUUUGGAAAAAAAAAUAAAAUAAAUAAAAGGAGUUCAGAUAAUUUGUGUUUGUGUUUAUUGGACUCUGGGUUUUACCUUUGCUGCAUAAAACCAGACUGGGAAAGUAAAGAAUAUAAUGGCUGUUGAUUGUACUGUAGGAAAUCCUUCUGUAGCAAUGUGUGCCUAUACUUCCCCAAAGCGUUCACUUGUUUAUUUGUAUGAAUCUUCAUUUAAUUAAGAAAUGAACUGCUAAUUGAUUUUGCUAAUCCUUUUCAGUCUAGAAGAGAUGCCUUGCGUUACCUCAGCCUCUUUGUGAUGGUGCCUACUUUCUAGCUGGUUUAAUGUAUGUUUACAUUUGUUGCUGAAGAGGGAUCUUUUGUUUCCUGUUCAUCUUUUAAACUGUUCUUCGUUGAAAUACUGUUUUAGUGCACCUUUUUCUAUGGGUACCAGCUCAUGCAAUGUUACAGGUGGUGACCCUGACCUAAAACUUCGUAAAUUGAAGUGCAUUGAAAUUGUGGAAGAGUAAGUGCAGAAAAUGAAUGAAAUUCAGAUUCUUCUUUCUGAUGAACUUGUAUAAUGCUCCAAACUGAAAGACUGAUCCAAAUACUUAGUUUAUGUCAAAGUCCCGUGUUUCAUAAAACAUUUGUCUCUUCUUCAGGAAACAAAAUGUUGUCUCUUGUAUUUAGAAACAUUAAAUCAUUCAAGAAAAGCGCAUAAACUACAUAACUUUGUUAAUGAAUUUUAUAUGUUUCCCCACACAGUGCAGCCUAGAGUAUAAGUGUAAAUGAAGCCUGUGCUUUUAAAAGAUACAGUGUAAUACAGCUCGUGUAAUACAAGGUGUGAGGUGUAGGACAAGUCACUUGUUAAGGUCUACAUUGAGCAAAGAUUGUACAGUAUCAAUGUAAAUGGGUACAUUUCAUAUAGAGGAGAUUGAUAUUCAAG